UUUUUGGCCAAUAUAUGGCAUUUUGGACAUUGAUUCCUUCAGAGCUUAUCCCAAAUUCGAAAGAACCCUAAAUUAUUCCGAUCUGCUCAUUUCUGCCGAUUGAUCAAAGAAUCGACUAUUUUUGGAAAAAAGGUGAUCGAUAUGGGUAAUACGGACAAGCUGAUGAACCAAAUCUUUGAAUUGAAAUUCACGUCAAAGUCUCUGCAGAGGCAAUCGAGGAAGUGCGAGAAAGAGGAGAAGUCGGAGAAGCUCAAGGUGAAGAAAGCCAUUGAGAAAGGUAACAUGGAUGGUGCUCGGAUCUAUGCCGAGAACGCUAUUCGCAAGCGCAGCGAGCAGAUGAACUACCUUCGUCUCUCCUCUCGCUUGGACGCUGUUGUUGCUCGCCUUGAUACUCAGGCCAAGAUGGCCACCAUCACCAAAUCUAUGACUAACAUUGUCAAAUCCCUCGAAUCUUCUCUUGCCACCGGCAACUUACAGAAGAUGUCAGAGACAAUGGACUCGUUUGAGAAACAGUUUGUGAACAUGGAAGUUCAAGCUGAGUUCAUGGAGAAUGCAAUGGCUGGCUCGACUUCAUUGUCGACUCCAGAGGGAGAAGUUAACAGCUUGAUGCAGCAAGUAGCAGAUGAUUACGGUCUUGAAGUUUCUGUUGGACUGCCUCAGCCUGCUGGUCAUGCUAUUCCUACCAAGACUGAAGAGAAAGUUGAGGAGGAUGAUUUAUCCAGGAGACUCGCUGAGCUUAAAGCCAGAGGGUAAUUUAACGAACCUAACAAACAAACAAAAUGUGUUUGGAAUCUACUUUUAUCAACAUGUUGAUUUGAUACUAUUAAUCCAUGAACGUGAUGGGAAUGUUUGUGUAUAUUGCUCACUCUGGAAUACGCUUCUGUUAUAAAACCUUGAGUCUGCUUUUACAGUGAUGUAAGAGCAGAUCAUGUUUUACUUCUAACAUUACUCUGUAUUUAGUUCUGAUCACCUCUACAUAUCAAAUAUACUACCUACUUUUCUGA